AUGGCAGACCCAGAAAAUAGCACUACGAAUGAUAUAUCCUUAUCGGACGUGGAAUUAGGAGGGGGAUUCAUCGUGGAUGAUAAACCUAAGAAAAGACCAAGAAGAGCAGUAACAAUGAAAGUAGAAUAUACAGAACCAAAGGAUUUUGACCUAGAAGAUGAUUCGGUUGAUUCUGAUACAUAUGCCAACAAUCCCGCUCCCUCAAAGAAACGAAGAACGCGUGCAAGUACGCGUAGUCAGACAAAGGCAAGGUCGAAGGCUAAAAAGGAAGCUGCAUCUUCAGAUGACAGUGACGAUAAUGGAGAUCAGGAAUUUACAUUAAGUUUGGAUGACAAAGAAAGUGAUACACCAAAUUCUGAUGAUGAUAUUGAGGUUAUAGAAAUCAAACGCGCUAAUCAAGUUGGACCGUUUGCAGUCAAUAUUAUUGACGACUUGUCAGUAAAUGACGACGAUACCCCUCUUGCCAUUAUUGGAUCAUCCAAUAGUAGCCUGAAUGUUGAUGGACUUGACCAAUUUAGUAUAGCUAAAACUGUUAGAUCGAAGGGUACAACCACUAAGCGUAAGAAACGCGCCACCAAGAAAGCACCAAAAAAGAAAAUGACAUGGUAUGAACGUACCACCAUGAGACUAUAUGAACAGCAUCCAUAUUUGAAGGAUGUGUUUACAGAUUUAAGAGAAACGGAUACAAUAACACCCGAAAGAGCGGAACACCCACCGGGUAUGACUAUCAAACUUUUACCUUUUCAACUUGAAGGUUUAAAUUGGUUAGUCAAACAAGAAGACGGUAGAUUUCAAGGUGGGGUUCUUGCCGACGAGAUGGGUAUGGGUAAAACAAUUCAAACCAUUGGUCUUUUUAUGCAUGAUAGGACGAAGAGGCCGAAUUUAGUUGUUGGUCCAACUGUUGCGUUAAUGCAAUGGAAAAAUGAAAUUGAAAAGCAUACAGAACCUGGACUGCUUAAAGUAUUGUUGUAUCAUGGAGCUGGAAGAAGUAAUAAUGUGGCGGAUCUUUCUGACUAUGAUGUAAUUCUUACUUCGUAUUCUGUCUUGGAAUCUGUUUAUAGAAAGCAAAACUAUGGCUUUAGAAGAAAAGCGGGAUUAGUCAAGGAAGAAUCAGCAUUGCAUAAUAUUCCAUUUUAUCGAGUUAUUUUAGACGAGGCUCAUAAUAUCAAGGAUAGAAAUUCCAACACUUCCAAAGCAGCAAGUGAACUAAAUACCCAAAAAAGAUGGUGUCUAACAGGUACACCAUUGCAAAAUAGAAUUGGUGAGAUGUAUUCCUUAAUUAGAUACAUGAAAUUGGAUCCAUUUCAUUUAUAUUUCUGUACCAAAUGUGACUGUAAAAGUACACAUUGGAAGUUUUCUGACGGAAGAAGAUGUGAUCAUUGUCAACAUCCACCAAUGCAACAUACUAAUUUUUUCAAUCAUUUUAUGUUGAAGAAUAUUCAGAAAUAUGGUAUAGACGGACUUGGUUAUGAAAGUUUUUGCAAUCUCAGAUUAUUAUUGGAUCAUAUGAUGUUAAGAAGAACUAAAAUUGAAAGAGCAGAUGAUUUGGGGUUGCCACCUAGAGUAGUAGAGAUCCGUCGUGAUGUUUUCAAUGAAGAAGAAAAAGACUUGUACACUUCAUUGUAUAGUGAUUCCAAAAGAAAGUUCAACGAUUAUGUUGCCGAAGGGGUGGUGUUAAACAACUAUGCUAAUAUUUUCACGUUGAUUACUAGAAUGCGACAAUUGGCUGAUCACCCAGAUUUGGUAUUGAAGAAAGUGGGAAAUAAUGCUCUCAGUGGUGAUCUUGAUGGUGUCAUCAUGUGUCAAUUAUGUGAUGACGAAGCAGAGGAACCUAUUGAAUCGAAAUGCCAUCAUAGGUUUUGCCGAAUGUGCAUACAAGAGUAUGUUGAUUCAUUUCUGGGUUCAAACUUACAGUGUCCAGUUUGCCAUAUUGGUCUUUCUAUUGAUUUGGAACAACCAGCAAUUGAAGUUGAUGAAGAAUUGUUUACUAAAGCAUCAAUUGUUAAUCGUAUUAAACUGGGUUCGCAUGGUGGUGAAUGGCGUUCAUCUACAAAGAUUGAAGCAUUGGUUGAAGAGUUGUAUAAGCUUAGGUCUGAUAAGCAUACUAUCAAGUCAAUUGUGUUUUCACAGUUCACUUCGAUGUUGGAUUUGAUUGAAUGGAGAUUGAAAAGAGCUGGUUUCCAAACAGUGAAACUUCAAGGGUCAAUGACACCUCAACAACGUGACAAUACCAUUAAACAUUUUAUGGAAAACACCGAGGUUGAAGUAUUUUUAGUUUCAUUGAAAGCCGGUGGUGUAGCAUUGAAUCUUUGUGAAGCAUCACAAGUGUUUUUGAUGGAUCCAUGGUGGAAUCCUAGUGUUGAAUGGCAAUCGAUGGAUAGAGUUCAUAGAAUUGGACAAAAGAGACCAAUCAAGAUUACCAGAUUUUGUAUUGAAGAUAGUAUUGAACUGAAAAUUAUUGAAUUACAAGAAAAGAAAGCUAAUAUGAUUCAUGCUACGAUUAAUAAUGACGAUGCAGCCAUAAGUAGAUUAACUCCUGAUGAUUUACAAUUCUUGUUUACUAAUUGA